AUGGCCUCCCAGCUCUCCGCCGUCAGCAAGAAGCCAGCCAGUAUGUUCCGCCCUUUCUCAGUAUGCAAUCCCUCUGCUGACCUGACAAACAAGAAAAGCAGAGCGACUUCGAAUCCAAGAAAGACUACCGCGAUUACCUCGAAUCCUCCCUCGAAGAGAACGGCGAGCGUAGCCGUCUCCUCUUCGAAAUGGAACAAGCACUCGAGGAAUUCGAAGCCGGCACUGGCCACGGCACAAACGAGGACUCCGAUGCGACCAAGAUCAGUAAGGACCUGUUGCGUGCCAUUUCGUAUCUGUGUCGUCCAGAGCCGAACUUUGAGAAGGUGGUGGAUCGUGUGCAGCGUGCGCUGGAGCUUGCGAAGGACUGUCGGGAUGCUGCGCGUUCUUGA